AUGCCACUCACUCCCCAGGAGUACCUGGACUGGUGGCUCACCACGGGUCUUGACCCUCUCAAAGAGCUUGUCAACAAGGAGGCCUUGGGAUGUGGCCCUCAACACGUUGGAUUUGAGCAGACGGUUCAACGAAGACAGCGAGGCUUUGACAAUGAUGUCGAACUUCGAGAGGCUCUACGGCUGCAUGUGAAGAGGCUUUCCUCUCACCAAUCUUCCGAUGUCUCCUGCAACCCAAGAAACAAACUGAGAGAGCUUACUUUGAACGUCUUCAAGAAGCCCGAGGAUGGGGGCCUAGUUCCCGACAAGGUCCUUGAGGGCCUCGCUGAUCUCAACGCUGUCGAGCUUCGACGGCGUCGACUCGUCGCUGAGACACCUCUAAUUUUCAGACCCGGCCAUCCUGCUUUUGGAUCAGCGGCAAUGAUUCAAGAGCUGAAUAGAAAGGCUACGGACAAGUUUGGCCAAUUUUACAUGGGCUUCAGAGCAUCUAUGGUCGUUGAAGAGUUGAAGCAGGCGAAAUUUACCAGAAAGCCUUCUGUGGAGAUAAUGGCAGUUGUGAAUGCUCUCUUCCCAGCUCACGACCUUUUGAAAAACUCAGAAGACGUUAGUCUUGUUCCAUGCACCGACUCUCUCCUCGGCUGCAUCCGCUUUACGGUUCUCUAUCAUCUAUUGGGAGACAACCCGUUGAGCGAUAAACAGCAAGCCAUGAUCCAGGAGAAGCUGUUUAUCUGGUGCAGCCUACCAAGGUAUCAGACAGCGUACAAAGUAUUCGCUCAAUACAUUGAAGAGUUUAAGACAAUCGAGUCGCUCUGCUUCAACGUUCUACAGCUAGCAGAAAAGGAACCUUCUCGCCGAAGAUCAGGGUCCCACCGUUCUUCCUUCACUCCUAAUUCAGUAGUCAUGGUCAAAUCUAUCCUCAAAGGCUCUCCUCGGAGCCCUCGCGAGCUGGGAAACCUAGCUGGGUCUGAAAGAUCAAUUUCUCCAGAAUUCGUGGCAUCGGCCCCCCCUGUCCCCAAUCCAUUACUAAAAGGUCUUCCGGGACGAGAAGUAUCUCCUUCUAAGACCGACGGAGCAGCGUUUGCCUUUGACGAUUCAUCUGCACCAAAGCUGAGAUAUGAUGCCGGUGACGAAACUGUUAUCAAAGGAGAAAAGGUUGCUGCCAAGACCUUCGACCCUGGCAGAAAGCUGAAAAAGAAGCCGUUGCUGAUGAAGCAGAAGUCGUUGCCGACGAGGCAGAAAUCAUUGCCAACUAAGCAAAAGCUGUUGGAGACGAAGCAGAAGCUAUUGCCGAUGAAGAAGAAACAGCUGCAAACGAGGAGGAGGAGAAAGAAGGAGGAUGAUGAUAUCCCCCCAGUUCCCCCCACACCUGACAUUCCGGAGUCGAUGAAGUCAACAAUCACAAGGACCAGCCUCAAGCUCCUUCAGCGAAUGCGUUCGCACCCAGACAUCCAAGCAAAUGGAUCGAGUAGCUCCAAGCUUCCACAGAUUGCCUCAGCUCUUGCUAGUAACAAAGCAAAGCCGAGCACCAAGCUGGCGAAGCCGCCUACUCGCCCCAAGGUCCCUCAAGGGCAAGUUCGAGACAGUUUCUAUCUCCGCACGUCAUCUUUCCCCGAAGCAAGUAUUCGAAGCAGCCAACAGAGCCUCUAUACCCAACGGGCCCCCUCUACUCAAUCAGUAGACAGGGCCGGUCCUGUUAGAAGGCAAGAUGGCACUGCUAGUCAUGAAGAAGAAUCGCUGCGUAAGCCUGAAGUCAAGUAUAGUAUGUGCCAACCACGACUUUCCAACAUGGAAUACACAAGGCUCUAUCUUGUAGAGGAAGCCAAUGCCAAAAAGGAGAAGCGACCUUGCGAGCUUCCUCCACCUAAGAAAGUUUGGCUUUGGGGUCCUCGCUGGGAAGAGUUUCUCGUGCUACCUAAGCUCCCAGCAUCCAUCAGACGCCGGUUUUCCCUCAAUAUUGGCGAUGAAGCGAGAAAGCCCGUGAAUUUAGAGCCGCUUGGCCAGGAACACGAUUCGGAUGCCGACUCGGUGGAGACUGUCAAGGGAAAGACAUCGGUGGCUGCUAAACCCCCUCGGCUGUCUUUGAAUCUUGAGGGCAUUGCUUCCUCUCUGAUGCACCUGGUAUCCAUAGACUCCGAAAAAGCAUCUCAGUCUUUGGCCAAGGCAAAGCCCCAUGAAGUGGUGCAGGAGACGGGCGAAGAAAGCCCAGUUCUUGGUCAUUUCGCUGCAGAACACGUGAAGCAAAGCUGUAUAUCGACGGAUGAUAAAGCUCCAGAUUUGCCGCCCGUACAAACCGUGUCAACCGUGUCUACUAGCGAAGCUGACGAUGAAGACCUGUACUCUGACGAUCGACAUCUAUGGCCUUCCCCAAUGAGUCAACAAGGCACGCGGCUCACUUCUGUUUCACCCAUAUCUGAGGAAGCCACCGAAACCGUGCGUGACGAUAGCCAUAGCAUUGAGAAUACGACCCCCCAGCUCAGUGAUGAUGUCUCUGAAACAUCGUCCAUCUAUUCGAAUGAUAGCGCGAGGACUGCCGUCUAUGUUGGCAACAGCAAGGAAGCUGGUGAUGCUCCCAAGACUCCCCAGACAGCUCGCCGUCUCCCCGAACAGCUUACAACACCAGAUGAAGCAUCCCCCGUGCGACCUGGCAUCACAUUUAGCUACAGCUGUGCUUCGUUCAACUCCCUGUCGUCUGAUCGCUCCCCAUUGACACAUUUUCCCAUCUCGGCUGAACAAAGAUCGAGAGCAACUACAGAAGAUAUGGUGCAGGGUAUCCUCAGCCAGUCAGGAGGCCGCCUCCGCGUCGAAGACGCUCGCCAAGUUCAGUUAGUGGAAAGGAAGCAUAGCGCUGAGAUCCAAGCCUCAUCUGCCGACAUUUGGCAUACCGACGACUACAUGGAACCAGAGCUUCAGCCAGCUCCCCUUAAUCUAUCUAAGAAGUCCUCCAUCGUGAGGCCAAAGCAAGGUUCGCGGGAAAUGCCUGAGAGACCCAAGAUGAAUCCCAAUCCUCUUGAUCCCGUCCAACAGUUUAAAUAUACACCCAGGCCCAGCAACUUGACGAAGGAGGCACCCCCAAAGUUUCAUGAGAAAAUCAAGUCGUAUGAAUCGGGCUUUGUGCCUCUACCUGGAUCGCUUCUUUAUGAGGCUGACAAGAAUGCGGAUAUCAUUAGAAUGCCGCAAAAUCUAUCAAGCAGCUCUAACUCAAGCAGCUCUGUUUCGACUAUCAUAACUCCCUCCAAGCCUGGUCCAGUCAAAGUACCAAACUACGCGGCUCAGCGCUCAGAGAGAGUUAAACACGAGCCAAGGCCUUCUCGCUCUAUGAACGAGUUGUAUGAUGCAGUUUCAGCGAGCAAUGCCUCUCAGCCUCAGCGACGCAAACCAUCUCCUACUCUGAGCGACCUAGACGAAUUCUUCGGGAUCGGGCCGUAUGAAAAGGCAUUCUUGGAAAAGCAUCCGGAGGCAGCAAAGCCGUUUGUCCUUCCCCCCAAAGUCCUGGAGUCCCCGGAAGCACCGGUCUUCACAAAUCCUUCCCAAGCUACUCUAAUGCUUCGUCGACGAGAUAGGGACAUGCAGCAACAGCGCGCUCUUCCGCAGCCAGUCAGGGGCACACAGCAACACCGGGCACCUCCACAGCCUACGGUUCAAAGAGUGAUGGAGAGAAAGCCAAACACUUCAGUGAACGUGAGCAGCUUCGCGUUGCACAGAGCUCAGGGCAACAAGGCGACCAUCUUGCCAGUAGUUGAGGGAAGAAGCCAUGCGAACACGACCAAUAUCAGAGGGCGCGACAUUGGCACCAGCCAAGACUACGAAUACGAGGAUAGCAUAUCCGAGGAACACAUGCCGCAGCAAACGCAAACCUUUCUAGACGAUGUUCAUCGAUUCUCUCUCCAGCGGUACGAUAUCAGUGCUCGUCGCCCUUCGACUGCCCAUGCUCGCCCCAGCACCCUCUUUGAGCGAGCCGCGCCGAUCCCACCCGUAGAGAGUGUCGCUUCCGAGGGUAAGAAGACCACUAAUUCGCCGGCUACAACGCUGGGAAAUCUCUUCCGAAGGCGUAAUCGGAAUCGUAAGGAGAAUCAACAGUAA